AUGGGCCUCAUUCGACCCGGCCGGGCGAGGUCCAUCAUUCUCACUUUUCUUGUCAUAUGCCUCGUCAGCUCCGUCUACUUAUACUGGACGCCGACCACCGCGUCGACCACGGCCUCGGUGGUGCCCAGCACGGCCUUCGAAGUACCUCUCGCAGAACGACAGAGCGCCUUCUGGAAAGCCUUCAAGCCGCUCCUCGAACGAAAUGCACCCAACUGCCCCUCUCCCCAACACAUCGACGAUGCGGGCGCCGAGCACUUCGACGCUAUCCACGAGCAACCCCGGCCCAGUCUGACCGACAUGAGCGAAGAAGAUCAGGCAGCGAUGGAACAAGCCCAUGCGAAUUUUGUUCAGGAUAUCCGAAAUGUCGGGAAAGAAUUGAAGCCGGUCCAUACCCCAGGGAAGCGAGGGCUGGUGUCAACGGCGGGUGAGAAUUAUCUUCCGGUAUUUCUUUCGUCGCUGCGGAUGCUCCGGCGUGCAGGUUCGACACUGCCUGUCGAGUUAUAUAUGAAGGACUCAAGUGAAUAUGAGAAAAAGAUUUGCAACGACGUGCUGCCUAAGCUUAACGCGCGGUGUAUGGUUUUGGCCGACGUCGUGGGCAGCGACGUGAUCGAACACUACCAGCUCAAAAUCUUUGCGGUUCUGUUCUCGUCUUUUGAAGAGAUCGUGUGGAUGGAUGCCGACUGUUUCCCACUGGGCAAGCCAGAGGACUUACUGGCUUCAGAGCCUUUCACUUCUUCCGGUCUGGUCACCUGGCCAGACUUCUGGCGCUCUUCCGCAUCGCCCUUGUACUACAAGAUCUCUCGGCAGGAAGCCCCGCCCAUGACAGCUCGGCAAUCAUCGGAGACCGGCGCAUUUUUGGUAUCGAAACGAACGCAUUUCCUGUCCAUGCUGCUUGCCGCCUACUAUAACUUCUAUGGCCCUUCGCACUACUUCCGGCUUUUAUCACAGGGAGGGCCUGGAGAAGGCGACAAGGAAACAUUUAUCCAGGCCGCUUCCGCCAUGGGAGAACCAUUCUACACCGUAAGCGAGCGGGUGGGCGCUAUCGGACAUAACAAGCCUGAGGGUGGGCUUUCUGGAUCGGCCAUGACCCAGUCGGAUCCGCGCGAGGACUAUACCUUGACCAGCGAGGGAAUCUGGCGCGUGAAGGACCCAGCCGCUGGCGCGGCUCCGCAUAUCUUCUUCAUCCAUGCAAACUACCCCAAAUUCAACCCAGGGGACAAAGUUUUUGGAACGGGAUGGGAAACCGCUCCCACAUUGAAAGAUGAUGGCUCGGACGGCCGAGCAUGGACAGCCCCCAAGGAUGUCGUUGCACGAUUUGGGUACGACGUCGAGAGAGCUUACUGGGAGGAGAUUAAAUGGGUCGCCUGCAAUCUCGAAAAUGAUUUCCGAACAUGGGAGUCUAAGAUGGGGAUCUGCGACAGGGUUGAGAUCUACUGGAACAAUGUCUUUGCCGAGCCUCAUGACGAUGAUCCGAAGUUCACCCCAGACCGUUGA